AUGAAUAGUCAAGAUUUUGAUUUUAAUGAAUUUGAGGAAGAUUCAGUUGAAGAAAAAAAUGAUGAUUAUAUAAUUAUUGAUGGAAAAGAACUUAACAAUAAUGAAAAAACAGUUGUCAUAAAAAAUGAAAAGCAACUUAUAGUAAUGAAAGAAACAAUCAUUGUGUCAAAAUACAUCAAUAAAACUCAAUCAUCUCAAGUUAUUACUGUUAAUGAUAUACAAAAUGAGAUGUAUUCAAUAGAGUUUCAUCCUCGUAAAUUGUUACUUCAACCUAAUGAAAUUAAAGAAUUAACUAUUUGUGUUAAACCUUUCUGUUCAUGUUAUAUAGAUUGUUCUGUUUUUAUUUUUUUGAAUUUAACCCAAUGGAAAUCUUAUGAUUUUAAAUUUACUAGUGAACCUUCAUUAUGGAUAAACCCACAGUUUAUACAGGGGUUAGACGCAAAAAAGGAACUUGGACGUGGAAGUUUUGGGAUAGUUUUUGAAGGUGUUUAUAAUUCAAUGAAAUGUGCGAUAAAACGAAUUAAUGGAUCUUUAGACUUAAUAGAAAAAGAAUUACAAAUUAUUACAUCACUUAGAAAUCCCUUUUUGAUACAGUGUUAUGGAAUGGUUUAUUAUUCAUCAACAAUUCAUAUUAUCAUGGAACUUGCUCCUUGUGGUAGUUUUGAUAAAUGUUUGAAAGAAAUGAAUUAUGAGAUUAAAAUGAAAGUUUUGAUUGAUGUUUUAAAAGGAAUUCAAUUCCUUCAUCGUAACAAUAUUAUUCAUCGUGACAUUAAACCUGCAAAUGUUGUUUUAUUUAAUACAAAAAAAGUUGUUGAUAUUAAUGCAAAGUUAACUGAUUUUGGAAGUUCUACAUUAAAAGAUGAAAGUCAUAUGACUGGUGGUGUUGGAACUAUAUCCUACAUGGCUCCUGAAGUAAUGAAAAUGGAAAUGUAUGGAUUUGAAUGUGAUAUAUAUUCAUUUGGAAUGAUGUUAUAUGAAGUUAUUUCACAAAGAGAAUUAUUUAGUGGUAUGAAAAGUUAUGAAAUUAAACAAUUCAUACUGGAAGGAAAAAGACCAAAACAAACUACUGUUAUUUCCAGUAGAAUUUAUUCAAUUAUUGAAGGGUGUUGGAGCCAAGAUCCUAAAAACAGAUGGGGUUGUGAAGAGUUAAUUGAAAAAAUACAAAAAAUAAGAAGUGGAACUAAUGAAAUGAUGGUUAGUCCAAUUCCUAAAAUUGAGAAACAUGGUUAUAUAUUAGAAGGAACUCAAUAUAUUCAGUUAAACCAAUCAACAUUAUCAUUUACAGUAAGAAAUACAUAUUAUAAUGGAAAUGAUGGGAAAAGUUGGUAUUUUAAAGGAAAAGAAAUGAAAAAGACAGGAAGAAGAAAAGAGGCGUUAGAAGCAUUUAAAAAAGGAGGAAAAAAUCUUUUGUGUAAAAAAGAGUUAAGUAAAAUAUAUAUUGAAGAAAAUAUGUACAAAGAAGCUAUAGACUUAUUAAUUGAGUGUUUAUAUGAAAAUGAUUAUGAGUCAGAAGAAUUGUUAUUAGAUUUAAUGGAUAAUUCUAUUAGAUUAAAUGAUGAACAAAUAAAUAAAUAUUUAGAAUAUUUAACUCUAAAUGGAAAUAAAGAUGCUAUGUUUGAACUUGCCAAACGGUCAAUAUAUCUCCAACCAACUAACUUAUUGAAAAGUGAAAGGUUAUUAAGACAACUUGUAAACGAACAAUACCCUGGAUCAGAAGUACAAUUAGGAUUAUUAUUGUUUAUGAUCCAAGAAGAUUCAGAAUCAAAUAAAAUGGCAUUAGAAUUAUUUAAUAAAGCCUCAAUAUGUGGAGAUGUUUAUGGUAUUAAUAACAGUGGUGUAUUUUAUUCAUUAGGAUAUGGAACAAGUAAACAAAUAAAUAAGGCAUUACACUUAUUCGACAUUGCAAGUAGUCAUGGAAGUGGAAUUGCAGAGAAUAAUAAAGGAGUAAUAUUGUUUAGUGGAAAUGAGCAUGAAAAUGAAAUAAGAGAUUGUGUUGAAGCUUUGCAAUGUUUUAUUCGGUCUUCAGAAAAGGGAUGUAAAGAGGGAAUGUUUAAUGCAUCAGUCUGCUAUUUUAAUGGAGAUGGAGUUGAGAAAGAUGACUACAAAGCUAUAGAGUAUCUUAAAAAAUCAGCUGAACUAGGAUAUGCAGAGGCAGAGUGUCUUCUUGCUAGUUGUUACAAAUAUGGAACAGGAGUUAAAAUGAGUAAUGAACUGUAUGUCCAAUGGACAUUACAAGCUGCAAAUAACGGAAGUAGUAUUGCUAUGUUUAAUGUUGGGUGUUGGUAUUAUCUUGGAGAAAAUUUUAAAGUGAAUAAGAAAGAAGCUGUAAAAUGGUACUAUAAAAGUGCUAAAGAAGGAUAUGGAAAAGCCAUGUGUAAUUUAGGAAGAUGUUAUUUUGAUGGAGAAGGGGUUGAGUGUAACAAAAAGAAAGCAUUUAAGUGGUUUAAAAGAAGUGCAAAAAAAGGUAUUGUUAGUGGACAGUUUAACUGUUCAAAUUGUUAUUAUUAUGGAGAUGGAACCCAAAGAAAUAUUGAUAAAGCAAUGUACUGGAGUAAACUUGCUUCUAUAAAUGGACAUGCAAGAGCUUUUAUUAUAUAUGGGAAAUGUUUGUUGUAUUAUUAUCAAUUUGAAGAAGCAAGAAGUGUAUUUGAAGAAGCAUUAAGUUUAAAUAUUAAAGAACCAUAUUGGUAUCUUGGACUAUUAUAUGAGUAUGGAGCUGGUGGUAUCCAAAACCCAAAACUUGCAUUGAAAUAUUAUCAGAAUGGAGCAAGUGAGUUAAAUUGUUGUAAAGAAAAAAUUGCAUUAACUUUGUUCCAUAAAGAAAAGAAAUUACAUUAUUUAAAAGAUAUUAAGAAAAGAAGUUCAUUAGUAGAUCAAAUAAUUGGAAAAGAGUUAAUAGAUGGACCAAUUGAUUUUUGUCCAAGUGAAGGAACCUUUUUAUUAUUUCAAGCUGCUAAAUGUGGAAACGAAAAUGCUUUCAAUUACUUACUUCAAACUACUGAAAUGAAAGAUGAUAAAGUUAUAGAAAUUUUAAAUGAAUUAUACUAUAAUUGUUUAAACAAAGAACAGCCAAGUCAGUAUGUUUUAGAAGAUGUAAAUUAUAAUGAAUUAUUAUAA